AUGCGGCCCGGAGCAAAGGCCGGGCUAUCCUUGAAACAAUUCUGGAUUGUUAUGCUUGGACUCAAUAUAGGAAUGCUCCUGGCUGCGUUGGAUUUCAAUAUUGUCGCCACCGCCGUUCCUAUCAUCUCGUCUGAAUUCAACGCAUACAAUAAUUCCUCCUGGCUCGGAACAGGGUUCCUCGUCACCUUCGCUCUAGUCCUGCCUAUUUACAGCAAGCUGGGCGACAUAUUCGGGAGGCGAAGUAUGUUCAUGGUUGGAACUAUUAUUUUCAUUCUUGGGAGUGGCCUUUGCGGUGGUUCUAAGAGCAUGGACAUGUUGAUCUGGUCGCGUGUUAUCCAAGGCAUUGGGGGUGGUGGCAUCUAUGGACUGGUCAAUGUCAUUGUCACCGAUAUAGUACCCCUUCGCGAUGUGGGAAAGUACGUCUCAUUCGCUGGGUUGGUCUGGGCGAUAGCAGAUGUUGCCGGUCCCCUCCUCGGCGGUGCAUUCUCGCAAUAUGUUACCUGGCGCUGGUGCUUCUAUCUCAACCUGUGUAUCUCGCCAAUCAGUCUUCUCAUCACCUUUUUCUUUCUCCGCAUCCCCAGCCCAAAGGUCGACAAAGAACGCAUCAAGAACUUUGACAUCCUCGGUGCAAUCACCCUUAUUGGUGGUACUGUUUGCCUCCUCCUAGCCAUUUCCUGGGGCGGCAAUACCUUUGCCUGGAGCGAUCCUCGCGUCAUCGGUUGCUUCGUGGGUGGGUUUGCGUUACUGGUGAUUUUCGUCGUCUGGGAACACUGGGCCAAGGAUCCCUUAUUGCCUCCCGUGUUCUUGCGAAGCCGCGCCAUUAUUGCCAUCUUCUUCGCCGAGUUCUUUUACGGCGCAAACCUACUGGGUAUGAUGUACUACGUCCCGGAGUUUUUCCAGCUUGUCUACGGUGACUCCGCCACCAUCUCGGGUGUCGCUCUACUUCCGAUGAUGUUGGGUCUAGCCAUCGGAAACCCAAUCGCGGGCUGGGUCACCAGCAAAUAUGGUCUCAGUCUGGCUAACGCAUGGGUUGGCUCCGUCCUGGUUGUUCUCAUCAGCGGUCUGCUCACCCGCUGGAAUGCGGGAACCAGCCGCGCCGAAGCAAUUGUGGAGUUGAUCAUCAUCGGUAUAGGACAGGGCGCUGUGAUGGAAGGUCUUCUCGUCGGGUCACAAUUCUCCGUUGAGCCCAUGCAUAUUGGUCUGAUCACCGGGCUAGUGAUUUUCACGCAAACCGUGGGUGAUAUAUUUGGAAUUGCCAUCUUCGCCGCCGUUUAUCAGAAUGAGCUACGCGCCAAUUUGGGCAAACUGUCCUUGACGUCGGAUCAAAUUAAUGUCACUCUGGCGGACGUGCAAAAGGUGAAAACGGAGUUUUCCGGUACCUUGUAUCAUUCUAUUAUCAAAGUGUAUGCGAAGAGUCUGCAGAAUGGUUGGUGGUGGUUGUUUGCCUGUGCAGCGUGUUUGCUGAUCAGUUCGGCGUUGGCGAAGCAGCGGAAAAUAUAA